AAAAAAAAAAAAGGCAAGAAACAUUGUUCAUGAACCUGUUUCCACCUUGAUAGAGUUUUAAGUUUCCUUUCCAUGUUUGGGUUGAUGGGUUCUUUUUCCUGUUUUGGGGAUUUAUAAGAAACUCUUCUUCAUAAAGAAAGAUAGUGCUUUGAGUGCAGAGGCUCGUAGACAAGAUGGGAUCAUUCGGCUCAUUUCUGCUUCUCUUGGUUAUUUGGGGUGUUCUUCUUGCCUCCUGUGAUUCUUUUGUGACCACUGAAGUUCGGGCUUUGACGGCCUUCAGAGAAGCUAUUUAUGAGGACCCUUUAUCUGUUUUAUCAGAUUGGAAUGCGCACGAUGCAGAUCCUUGCAACUGGUCUGGCAUUUCCUGUUCACUGGGUCAAGAUCAUGUUAUCAAGCUAAACCUUUCUAGUUGUUGUCUGAGGGGAUUUCUUGCACCAGAAUUGGGUUCCCUCUCCUCCCUGCAAGAAUUAACUCUUCACAACAAUAGUCUACUUGGGACGAUACCAAAAGAAAUUGGCAUGUUGAAAAAUCUGAAGGUCUUGGAUCUGGGUAUGAAUCAACUUACCGGGCCCAUUCCCCUUGAAACCGGAAAUUUGACCAGUGUCAUGAAAAUAAACCUUCAAUCUAAUGGAUUAUCUGGCAGUGUGCCUCCUGAGCUUGGCAAUUUGAGAAAUCUUGUGGAACUGCGCUUGGAUAGGAACAGGCUUCAAGGAACUGUUCCUGGCAACAACUCAAGUUCUGCAUCAAACACACAAGAGAUGUAUGGCUUCUGCCGCUCAUCUCAGUUAAGGAAUGCAGAUUUCUCAUACAACUUCUUUGUUGGUAGAAUACCUCAGUGCCUGAAUUAUCUUCCCAGAACAAGUUUUCAAGGUAACUGCUUCCAAGAUAGAGAAUCGAAACAACGUCCUUCAAUACAAUGUGGUGCUUCUCCAGUGAAUCCACCUGAAAGAAACCAUGGUGAAAAUGGGCCUAAGCAUCAUGAGGGGUCAAAACCUGCCUGGCUGCUAGCUCUAGAAAUUGUAACUGGAACAGUUGCGGGUUUCGUUUUGCUUGUUGCUGCUUUUACUGCUGUUAAAAAAUGCAAAGCAAAAUCUACUGAUAUAAUCCCCUGGAAGAAAACUGCGAGCAGCAAGGACUAUAAAGACCAGUUGGUUAUAUGCAUUGAUUCUGAAAUGCUGAAAGACAUAGUAAGGUUUAGCAGACAGGAGCUGGAAGUAGCCUGUGAGGAUUUCAGCAACAUUAUAGGCUCCUCCCCAGAUAGUUUAGUGUACAAAGGCACCAUGAAGGGUGGGCCAGAGAUUGCUGUGAUAUCACUUUGCAUAAAAGAAGAGUACUGGAUGGGAUAUCUUGAGCUGUACUUUCAGAGAGAGGUGGCAGAUUUAGCGAGAUUAAAUCAUGAGAACACAGGAAAAUUACUGGGCUAUUGCAGGGAGACCAAACCGUUUUCAAGGAUGCUGGUCUUUGAAUAUGCAUCAAAUGGGACACUUUAUGAGCACCUUCACUAUGGUGAAGGAUGUCAAUUAUCAUGGACCCGACGCAUGAAAAUUGCUUUAGGCAUUGCUCGUGGUCUAAGAUAUCUUCAUAUGGAACUUGAGCCUCCAUUCACAGUAUCUGAGUUAAGUUCAAGUGCCGUAUAUCUUACUGAGGAUUUUUCUCCCAAGCUUGUUGAUUUUGAAAGCUGGAAAAUGGUGCUAGCAAGAUCAGAAAAGAACUCAGGUUCCAUUGGUAAUGGAAGCGCAUUAUGUGGUUUUCAAGAUUCUCUAGAUGAACGUCAUUUGGAUGUCCAAGGGAAUGUAUUUGCUUUUGGAGUACUCUUAUUAGAAAUAAUCAGUGGGAGGCCUCCAUACUGCAAAGACAGGGGGUGCUUGGUAGAUUGGGCCAAGGAGUAUGUAGAUAUGCCAGAAGUAAUGUCUUAUCUAGUGGAUCCAGAGUUGAGACAUUUCAGAUAUGAUGACCUAAAAGUAAUAUGUGAGGUGGUGAGCCUAUGCAUCCAGUCUGAUUCUGCUAAGCGACCAUCUAUGAAGGAGCUGUGCCCCAUGUUAGAAAGUAGAAUCGACAUUUCAGUAGCUGCUAAUCUUAAAGAGUGUCCUUUGGCAUGGGCUGAGCUUGCUCUAUCUUCAUAAUCCUAUUGAAGAUGCAUACUGUAAAUCAGAAGUAUACAAUUUGUAAUACUUUCUCCUUUCAUUUUUUCCAUUUUAUUCUCUUUAUUGCUUUUUUUUUUCUUGGGAAAAAGAUUGCAUGCUGAAGAAAUAUACAGCUUCAUGCACUGCAAAUCUAAUAUAUUUGUAUACUAAUGACUGAUGAAGAAAGUUGAGAGAUCCCUAAUGUAUUUAAGGAAGGAUUUGUUA